CCAAGUGAAUAAUAAUAAUAAUAAUAAUAAUAAUAAUAAUAAUAAUAAUAAUAAUUUAUGAUUUCUACCCCGCUCAUCUGGCUGGGUUUUCCCAGCCACUCUGGGCGGCUUCCCACAAAAGAUGAAAAAUACAUUCAAAGGUGAACCGGGGUGGGGCUCUGCAGACGUCCGGAGGGCUUAGUCCGGAGCCGGAUCGGGCGCUGGAGCGGGAAGCAGGUUGGCUGCCUGCUUUUUCCACACAGCAGGGAAUAGCCACAUAACUCACAGAAACUGAUUUUCUGGGUCCAUUUCCACCGGGGUUUCAGCCUGGUUUCGGUUUCCCAAACGCCAAAAAGCCCGAAGGAAGUGUUCCACUUUUCGGACAUUUUCCGGAAGCUGAGUGUUCGACGCAGCUGCCGGCGAUUGUUUCUGGGGUGCCUGCACCAAUCUGAAGCCGCGUCUCGGUUUUUGAACAUUUCGGAAGUCAAAUGGUACUUUGCUUAUUGCUCUUGAUUUGGUGUUUUUGUGGCUUUUUCGGUUCCUCUUUUUGUGGCUGUGUGGAACCCAGUUCAGCUCCUGAUAGAUUGACAGUGUGACUGCAGAAAUGGCUAGAAGCAUCCAAACAAUGACUUAUCAUCAGUGCAGGCUCCUGGCACCUCUGCCCACCAUGAGUUCCUCGCCACUGCUGGGUGACGGCGAGCUGCCGGCCGCAUUGCUGGGUGACAUUAAGACCGAGCCCCCCGAGGAGCUGCUGGCCGAGCCGGUGGAUCUGUCGGUCCACAAAACCAAGGUGCCACCAGUGCCCCAGAUCCCUCUCUCCUGCUUCCGGACCGGUGCACCGCCCGCCGUGUCACCGGCGCCACUGGGCUCCGCGUCCUCAGCCAUCCCAGCUGUCCUGUCUCCGGGCUCCAUCCUGGCCUCAAGCCAGGGCAGCAGCGGGCAGCAGAUCCUGCACGUGAUCCACACGAUCCCCUCGUUCCAGCUGCCCGGCAAGAUGGGCAAACUCCAGACUAUCCCGCUGGUGGUCCAGUCGCUGCCAGUCGUCUAUGCCGCCGUGCCGGCCGACGGGGUGGCGGCAGCCGCGGUGACGGUGCCCCUCAUCGGGGGCGACGGGAAGGACGCCGGGUCCGUGAAAGUGGACCCCGGUUCCAUUUGCCCAAUUGGCAUUGGCAGCGAGAGCGACGACAGCGCUUCGGAGAGCCGCCCGGCCUCCUUCCCCGAGCUCCAGAGAGAGCCUUCCUCCGUGAGCCAGAUGCAGCAGACCGACUCCCCGGACCUCAAGAAGAGGCGCAUUCACCAGUGUGACUUUGAGGGUUGUAGCAAAGUUUACACAAAGAGCUCACACUUAAAAGCGCACAGAAGGAUACACACAGGAGAGAAGCCGUAUAAGUGUACCUGGGAGGGCUGUACCUGGAAAUUUGCCCGUUCUGAUGAAUUGACCCGGCAUUUCCGGAAACACACAGGCAUCAAGCCCUUCCGCUGCUCGGACUGCGACCGGAGCUUCUCGCGCUCGGACCACCUGGCUCUCCAUCGCCGGAGACACAUCAUGAUGUGAAAUUGGAGGGCCGGCGGUCACUCUCGGAUCCCCCCCCCAAAUAUCCAGGGGUCAAAGGAGAAACUUUGGCAGAGUGAAGAACCAUGACAGCGAGUUUGAUACCCAAGCCAAGAUGGGUGGAGUCUCUCGGACCUUUACCGAAAGGUUCAGCCUUGCUGACAUUCUCUGAAUAGGGACAAUCGGAGGAAGGUUUCCUUUUGGGGAUAAGAGGAAUAACCUCAAUUGACGGGUGCCAUUCCCCUUUGGCAGAAGGGGUCGAGCCAGACUUGAACCUGAAACCUGGUUCGACCGAUGGGGGUAGUUUCCCCUUUGGCGGAUGGGGGGGUGUCUGGGGGCAACAGAGGAGGGUCUUCCUUGUACGGAUCAAUAUAUGAGAUUUUGGGUGGGAUAUGGACAUGAACAUCUCCCCGGGUUCCGAGUGCGAGUGGCGCAUUCCCAUAGAAAGGGAUUGAUUGAGAGCUGUUUGUGGAUUUUCCUCUCGAGCGAGAGCAUUGAUCACUGAAACGAAAGCAAUCGUCAAUGGACCGUUUGAUGAAGUAAAUAAGACAGGACAGGGUUACUUUGAGUCUCAAACUUCAGUCCAAAACGUUCCAAGUGCGAAUCAUGCUUUCCCAUAGAAAGGAAUGCAAAACGGAUUAAGACAGCAAUUUAACAUGAAUUUUGCUCUCUAACAAGACCAUUGAUCCCCAAAAUGAAACCAAUAAUCAAUGGACUGUACUAUGAAAUAAAUAGGAUCUUAUAGAUGAUAGAAA